AUGGCAGAAAUGAAAUACCAUUUGCGUAUUAACAAAUUUUGGAAGGAAUACACUUCGUGGACCUAUCACAGGGACACGACUCCAAUUGCACAAGUAAACGGUGUUGCGCCACAAGACGGUAUGGUAAACGUUAUUGAAGACAUUAGGGGGGAGCGUAUGGAAGAAGAUACAUACCUUAACCAAGAGAACUCGAAUGGAGAUAGUAGCGGUGUUGUUGAUGAUUUUGAAGACCUGAUAAAGGAAGCUGAAACAGAAUUAUAUCCUGGUUGUACUAAGUUUUCUUCUAUCGACUUUUUAGCAAAACUUUUGAAUAUAAAGGAUACGUACCAUUUUCAAAAUGAAGGAGUAGAUCGACUCCUCUCGUUGUUGCGAGAGUCAAUGCCAGAAGGCAACAAGAUUCCCCCUUCGUAUUAUGUAGCUAAGAAGACAUUUAAGAAGAUUGGUUUGGCAUAUGAGAUGAUAGAUGUGUGCACAAAUGAUUGUGCUCUCUUUUGGAAAGAAAACGAGUCCUUGCAAAAUUGUCCCGUUUGUAAUGAGAGUCGAUGGGUCGAUAAAGACACAAAAGGCACGAAGGUGGCUCGUAAGGUGUUACGAUACUUUCCUUUGACGCCUAGACUACGACGUUUGUAUUGUUCAAGGCACACAGCGAAAGAUAUGAUAUGGCAUAGUACCGGACGAUCGGAAGAUGGGACUAUGCGUCAUCCAGUUGAUGGAUCUGCAUGGCAAGACUUUGAUAAAAAGUACCCAAACUUCGCGAUGGAGCCACGAAAUGUUCGCUUAGGGCUUGCAGCUGACGGUUUUAAUCCCUUUAACAACGGUAGUGGAUCCUCGACUCAUAGCACGUGGCCGGUUAUACUCACCACAUAUAAUCUGCCUCCCUGGCUAUGCAUGCGAGAGUCCACAUUCAUGUUGACCUUGUUGAUUCCUGGCCCUAAAUCACCGGGGAAAGACAUGGACGUUUUCCUUAGACCGUUAGUGGAUGAGCUUAAGCAAUUGUGGCAGACAGGUGUACGUACUAAAGACGCAGCAACAAACACAUACUUCACAAUGAAGGCGGCGUUGUUAUGGACCAUAAAUGACUUUCCAGCCCGUAGUAGCCUAUCAGGUUGGAGCGGACAAGGCUACAUGGCAUGCCCAACUUGUAACCAAGACACUCCUUCAAUACGUGUAACUGGUAAAUGUGCUUAUGUUGGCCAUCGCCGGUUCUUAGAUGCCAACCAUCCUUGGAGAACAAGUCUCGACUUUAACGGGAGACCCGAGACACGAGACCCUCCGAGACAGUUUAGCCCAGCUGACAUAGAAGCUCAACUAGGUCGUUUAAUUAAUCGUCUACCAGGCAAGCAUCCGGAUUUUGGAGGUAGGAGGAUAACCCGGUCAGAUUUCGAGUUGAACUGGUCCAAAAGAAGCAUAUUUUUUGACCUUGAGUAUUGGUCUUCUCUGCAGCUGAAACAUAACUUAGAUGUAAUGCAUAUAGAGAAAAAUGUGUGCGACAGCUUGCUCGGUACUCUUCUGAUGAACGAUAAGAGCAAAGACACGCCAAAUGCGCGGUCUGACUUGGAAAAACUAAACAUUCGGCCGUCACAAUGA